AUGCCGCCAACUAAAGGAGGAAAGCGUCCGCUCCCACUCGGUGGAAAGGGAAAGGGCAAACGCCCACCCGGUCAGACAACAAAGUCAUCAAGCAGCAGGAAGAAGAGUGGCGCUCGUCGCGGAAAGAAACAACAACGUUGGGAUUUAUACAUCCACCGAACUCUCCGUCAAGUUUACAAGCGCGGCACGCUCUCCAAGGCUGCCGUCCGCGUCCUAUCAUCCUUCAUUGAAGACAUGUACGGGAAAAUUCAGGCUGAGGCGGUUCAUGUGGCGUGUAUUAACAACGUAAAGACUCUUACUGCUCGUGAAAUUCAAACAUCCGCGAGGUUGCUUCUUCCACCAGAACUGGCAAAGCACGCCAUGAGUGAGGGCACAAAGGCAGUCGCCAAAUACAACGCGUCACGCGAGGAGGCGUACUCCAAGGUACUGUAG